GUGGGUAUGUGGCUAGGCGUCCGUGGAUGGCUCCCGUUUCUCGUGCAGGAGUGUUCUAACCUGCGGUGCCUCAGCUUUGCCAGGACUUGUCGUGGCCGUGGGGGCCCGAUGGCUGAAACGCUCUCGACUGAGGCGGAGGCGGCGAGUGGGUUGAGGGCUCCGGUUCAGCAAAACGGAGACGCGAGUGGCGUCGCGAGGGGUGAACGGCCCCCAGGACUCCCGCAGCCGGCGGCCCAGGGAGUGGAGCUGGCCCCAAGGGAGGGGCCGCAGGCCACAGGGAGCGAGGAGCAGGCCCCGGCUGCACCGCAGGACCUAGGCAAGCGGAAGAAGCGGCGCGGCACAGUCGGGGAGCGAGUGGUGCCGCCUCCGAAGAAGCGCCGGGCAGGAGUGAGCUUCGGAGAUGAGCACUUUGCAGAGACCAGCUACUACUUCGAGGGCGGCCUGCGCAAAGUGCGGCCUUACUACUUUGACUUCCGAACCUACUGCAAAGGCCGGUGGGUGGGCCACAGCUUGCUGCACGUCUUCAGCACCGAGUUCCGAGCCCAGCCUCUGGCCUACUACGAAGCCGCGGUCCGAGCAGGGCGUCUGCACCUCAACGAGGAGCCGGUACAGGACCUCAGCAUUGUGCUCAAGGACAAUGACUUCUUGCGGAACACUGUGCACAGGCAUGAGCCACCAGUCACAGCAGAGCCUGUCCGCCUGCUGGCUGAGAAUGAAGACAUGGUGGUUGUAGACAAGCCUUCUUCCAUUCCUGUCCACCCCUGUGGCCGGUUCCGACACAACACAGUCAUCUUCAUCCUGGGCAAGGAGCACCAACUUAAAGAGCUACACCCACUGCAUCGGCUUGACCGCCUUACCUCAGGGGUCCUCAUGUUUGCCAAGACAGCGGCCGUUUCAGAGAGAAUACACGAGCAGGUUCGGGACCGGCAGCUGGAGAAGGAGUACGUGUGCCGGGUGGAGGGGGAGUUCCCGGCCGAGGAGGUGACCUGCAAGGAACCCAUCUUGGUAGUGUCUUACAAGGUAGGGGUGUGCCGUGUAGAUUCUCGGGGCAAGCCCUGUGAGACAGUGUUUCAGAGACUGAGCUACAAUGGCCACUCCAGUGUGGUGCGGUGUCGGCCACUCACAGGUCGCACCCACCAGAUCCGAGUCCACCUCCAGUUCCUGGGCCACCCCAUCCUAAAUGACCCUAUCUACAACUCAGCAGCCUGGGGACCCUCCCGGGGCCGUGGUGGCCACAUUCCCAAGACAGAUGAGGAAUUGCUGCGGGACCUUGUGGCAGAGCACCAAGCCAAACAGAGCCUGGAUGUGAUAGAUCUCUGUGAAGGUGACCUGUCCUCAGCACUCACAGACUCUACAGCUCCCUCCUCAGAGCUGGGCAAGGACCACCUAGAAGACUUGGUUGCAUCUGCCCAAAAGAUGGAUGGAAUACUUGAGGCAGCCCCUCAGGAUCCGGACAUAGUGGCCCAGCCACCUGGGAAUGCAGCUGAAACAGAUGUUGUGAAUCAAGAGAUAGACCCCCUCUGUGCAGAGUGCCGACUGGUGCGACUGGACCCCUUGCCCCAAGACCUUGUGAUGUUUCUGCAUGCCCUGCGCUAUAAAGGGCCAGGCUUUGAGUACUUUUCACCCAUGCCUACCUGGGCACAGGAUGACUGGCAAGAGAGCUGAGACCUGUGGCCUAUGGAGAAAUUACUUCUUGGGUUGGAAGAGGCCAUGGAGUAAAAACUGACCUCGUGGAGUGGUACUCAAGCUUUCUGUAAGGAGUGAAGUUGGACUCUGGAACUUUUUAUACUUUUUACCUCCUUGAGCUAGAGUUUGAGGACUUUUUGGUUUGUAAAUAUAUCCCUUUUUCUUAUACCCUGUGUGUCUGGUUUUCCUACUUUUUUUUUUUUUAGGUUGAGGUAAAUUCACAUAACAUACAAUUAACCAUAUUAAGGUAUACUGUUUAGUGGCAGUUGGCACAUUCACGGCAUUGUGCUGCCAUUACCUCUUUCCUAAUUCCAAAACAUUUUCAUCACCCAGAAAGAAACCCAUACCCCAUAAACGGUUAUUCUCCAUUUCCCCUUCAUCCCAGCCACCGGUAACUGUUAAUCUACUUUUUGUCUGAAUGGAUUUGUCUAUUCUGAACUUUUCAUAUAAAUGGAGUCAUAUAAUAGAGACCUUUUGUGUCUGUCUGUCUUUUGCUUAGCAUAAUGUUUUCAAGGUUCAUCCAAUUUAUAGCAUACAUCAGUACCUCAGUCCUUUUUAUGGCUGAAUAAUAUUCCAUUGUAUGGGUAUACUAUACUGGCUGUAUUUUUGUGCACAAAUUUUUGUUUGAAUUUGUAUUUUCAGUUCUUUGGUAUGUACCGAAGAGUAGAAUUGCUGAGUUAUAUGGUAAUUCUGUGUUCAACUUUUUGAGGAGUCAUGUAACUUUUCCAUAGUGACAGAGCCAUUUUGAAACCGGGAAAGUUAGCAUUUGUGCUGCCUGUCACUACCAGAACCAGUAAGUAGGGACAAGGAUUGAAUCAAAAACAUGUUAACAUCUCAAGUCCAUCUUUUUAUGGGGAGAAGAAAAGGGUAGGUAAGGGGUUUGAAAAAAGAUUAAUCAGAUAAGAGUUGCAGUUGCUGUGAUGUUCCUAGUAUUUAUCUGCUGAUCAACAAUUCUUUAUCUGUGUCACAGAUGUUCCCUCCCUGGAACACAAUGGUUCAGAUACCGUAGCUUGCAGACCCCCUAGGGCACAAAUGUUGAAUUGCUUGUCCUGUAGUGUAGGUUGUGCAUUCCAGUUCCUGGAAUAACAGCUUUCCACGUGCGUUAAUCACUUAAGCCUGUCAGCUCUACCAGAAGCUAAAAUCUUUUAACUCUUGAGUUCCCCUAUCAAUUUUACAUUCCCAUGGGCAACACUCCAGGUUUACAAUUUCUCCACAUCCUCACGAAGACUUACUUUCUUUUGUUCUGAUUAUAGUUAGCCUAGUGGAAGUGAUAUGUCAUGGUUUUAAUUUGCAUCUCCCUACUGGUUAGUAAUGUUUAGCAUCUUUGCAUGUACUUGUUGGCCAUUUAUAUAUCCUUGGAGAAAUGUUUAUUCAGGUCUUUUACCCAUUUUUGAAUUGGGUUGUUUGCCCUUUUGUUGAGUUAUAAAACCGCCAUGUAUAUUUUGGAUAUAACACCAUUAUCAAAUAAAUAAUUUGCACAUAAUUUCUUCCAUUUUGUAGGUUGUCAGUACAUUCUGUAGAUAGUGUCCUUUAAUUCACAAAAGUUUUAAUUUUUUCUAUCGUGGUAAGAACACUUAAUAUGAGAUCUAGCCCUUAACAAAUUUUUAUAUGUACAAUACAGUAUUGUUAACUGGAAACAGUGUUGUACAGUAGAGCUCUCAAACUUAAUCAUCUUGCAUAAUUGAAACUUUAUACCUGUUGAAUAGUAAUUCCCUAUUUCCCCCUGCUCCCAACCCUUGAUAUCACCAUUUGACUCUGUUUCUAUAUGCUUGAUUUUGUUAGAUACCUGAAAAGAAAAAUCUUGUUUUCCUUUACUCACUACUUAGAGAAUAUUGUAUACUUCAAAUGUGUGGGGUUUGCUCCACACCAAGAAAUAAUCCUAGACCAGCUACAAGGAGUCCUACAAUUUAACUCAAUUCUGACACUAUCUACCUGGAGAGAGGGUCAGAUUCCACAAGUUAAGGGCUUACUCCCACAUUGCCAGUCUCAAGCUCAGGUUGUUACCUGCGCUUCUGACCAAUCAUAAAUCAGAGGUUCCCACAACCCUCUCCUUGGGUUUAAUCAUUUACUAGAAUGGCUCACAGAACUCAGGAAAAUGGUUUACUUGAUAGAUUACUGAUUUAUUACCAAAGGAUAUUAAAGGAUACAAAUCAAUGUCCAGAUAAAGAGAUAUAUUGGGUAAGGUCUGGAAGGGUGUUGAGCACAGGUGUUUCUGACCCCGUAGAUCUCGGAUAUGCCACCCCCUGGGCAUGUGAUGCCUUCUUCACGAACCUGGAAGUUCUCUGAACCUAGGUUGCAUGUCUUUGGAGAAACAUCUAUUCAAAUCCUUGGC